AUGACAAAUCUGGUUCGAUGGCUGUUCUCUACUAACCACAAGGAUAUAGGGACUCUCUAUUUCAUCUUCGGUGCCAUUGCUGGAGUGAUGGGCACAUGCUUUUCAGUACUGAUUCGUAUGGAAUUAGCACGACCCGGCGACCAAAUUCUUGGUGGAAAUCAUCAACUUUAUAAUGUUUUAAUAACGGCUCACGCUUUUUUAAUGAUCUUUUUUAUGGUUAUGCCUGCGAUGAUAGGCGGAUUUGGGAAUUGGUUUGUUCCAAUUCUGAUAGGUGCACCUGACAUGGCAUUUCCACGAUUAAAUAAUAUUUCAUUCUGGUUGUUACCCCCAAGUCUCUUGCUCCUAUUAAGCUCCGCCUUAGUAGAAGUGGGUAGCGGGACUGGGUGGACGGUCUAUCCGCCCUUAAGUGGUAUUACCAGCCAUUCUGGAGGAGCUGUUGAUUUAGCCAUUUUUAGUCUUCAUCUAUCUGGUAUUUCAUCCAUUUUAGGUUCUAUCAAUUUUAUAACAACUAUCUUCAACAUGCGUGGACCUGGAAUGACUAUGCAUAGAUUACCCUUAUUUGUGUGGUCCGUUCUAGUAACAGCAUUCCUACUUUUAUUAUCACUUCCGGUACUGGCGGGGGCAAUUACCAUGUUAUUAACCGAUCGAAACUUUAAUACAACCUUUUUUGAUCCCGCUGGGGGGGGAGACCCCAUAUUAUAUCAGCAUCUUUUUUGGUUUUUCGGUCAUCCAGAGGUCUAUAUUCUCAUUCUGCCUGGAUUCGGUAUCAUAAGUCAUAUCGUUUCUACUUUUUCCGGAAAACCGGUCUUCGGGUAUCUAGGCAUGGUUUAUGCCAUGAUCAGUAUAGGUGUUCUUGGAUUUCUUGUUUGGGCUCAUCAUAUGUUUACUGUGGGCUUAGACGUUGAUACCCGUGCUUACUUCACCGCAGCUACCAUGAUCAUAGCGGUUCCCACUGGAAUUAAAAUCUUUAGUUGGAUCGCUACCAUGUGGGGGGGUUCUAUACAAUACAAAACACCCAUGUUAUUUGCUGUAGGGUUCAUCUUUUUGUUCACCGUAGGAGGACUCACUGGAAUAGUCCUGGCUAAUUCUGGGAUAGACAUUGCUCUACAUGACACUUAUUAUGUGGUUGCACAUUUCCAUUAUGUACUUUCUAUGGGAGCCGUUUUUGCUUUAUUUGCAGGAUUUUACUAUUGGGUGGGCAAAAUCUUUGGUCGAACAUACCCCGAAACUUUAGGUCAAAUCCAUUUUUGGAUCACUUUUUUCGGGGUUAAUCUUACCUUCUUCCCCAUGCAUUUUUUAGGGCUUUCGGGUAUGCCACGUCGCAUUCCCGAUUAUCCAGAUGCUUACGCAGGGUGGAAUGCCCUUAGCAGUUUUGGCUCUUAUAUCUCUGUAGUUGGGAUUUGUUGUUUCUUCGUGGUCGUAACAAUCACUUUAAGCAGUGGAAAGAACAAAAGAUGUGCUCCAAGUCCUUGGGCUGUUGAAGAUAAUUCAACCACACUAGAAUGGAUGGUACAAAGUCCUCCAGCUUUUCACACUUUUGGAGAACUUCCAGCUAUUAAGGAGACGAAAAGCUAA